AUCCGCGGAGCGACGGCCCGGAGGCGGCGGCGUAGGCCACGGCGGGGCGUUUGGUUUCGCUUUGGCCCUGACUGGAGUUAGUAUUGACGGUCGAAAUGGGAGUCCCUAAGUUUUACCGAUGGAUCUCUGAGAGAUAUCCCUGCCUCAGCGAAGUCGUGAAAGAGCAUCAGAUUCCUGAAUUUGAUAACUUGUACCUGGAUAUGAAUGGAAUUAUACAUCAGUGUUCCCAUCCUAAUGAUGAUGAUGUUCACUUCAGAAUUUCAGAUGAUAAAAUCUUUACUGAUAUUUUUCACUACUUGGAAGUGUUGUUUCGCAUUAUUAAACCUAGGAAAGUAUUCUUCAUGGCUGUUGAUGGUGUGGCUCCUCGAGCAAAGAUGAACCAGCAGCGUGGGAGGCGUUUUCGGUCAGCAAAGGAAGCAGAAGACAAAAUAAAAAAGGCAAUAGAAAAAGGAGAAACUCUUCCCACGGAGGCCAGAUUUGAUUCCAACUGCAUUACACCAGGGACUGAAUUCAUGGCCAGGUUACAUGAACAUCUGAAGUAUUUUGUAAACAUGAAAAUUUCUACAGACAAGUCAUGGCAAGGAGUUACCAUCUAUUUCUCAGGCCAUGAGACUCCUGGAGAAGGAGAACAUAAAAUCAUGGAAUUUAUCAGAUCUGAGAAGGCAAAGCCAGAUCAUGAUCCAAACACCAGACACUGUCUUUAUGGCUUAGAUGCUGACUUGAUUAUGCUUGGAUUAACAAGUCAUGAGGCACAUUUCUCUCUUUUAAGAGAGGAGGUUCGGUUUGGUGGCAAAAAGACACAAAGGGUAUGUGCACCAGAAGAAACCACAUUUCACCUCCUACACUUGUCUUUAAUGAGAGAGUAUAUUGAUUAUGAGUUUUCAGCAUUAAAAGACAAGAUCACAUUUAAAUAUGAUAUUGAAAGGAUAAUCGAUGAUUGGAUUUUGAUGGGAUUUCUUGUUGGCAAUGAUUUUAUCCCUCAUCUACCUCAUUUACAUAUUAAUCAUGAUGCACUGCCACUUCUUUAUGGAACAUAUAUUACCAUCCUGCCAGAACUUGGGGGUUAUAUUAAUGAAAGUGGGCAUCUCAACUUACCUCGAUUUGAGAAAUACCUUGUGAAACUAUCAGAUUUUGAUCGGGAGCACUUCAGUGAAGUUUUUGUGGACCUAAAGUGGUUUGAAAGCAAAGUUGGUAACAAGUACCUCAAUGAAGCAGCAGGUGUUGCAGCAGAAGAAGCUAAGAACUACAAGGAAAAGAAAAAAACAAAGGGCCAGGAAAACUCCGUAUGUUGGGCUGCUUUAGAUAAAAAUGGAGAAGAAGUAGUAACUUCUAAGGAUAAUUUAGAAGAUGAGACUGAAGAUGAUGACCUAUUUGAAACCGAGUUUAGACAAUAUAAAAGAACGUAUUAUAUGACAAAAAUGGGAGUUGAUGUCGUUUCUGAUGACUUUCUUGCUGAUCAAGCUGCAUGUUAUGUUCAGGCAAUACAGUGGAUUUUGCACUAUUACUAUCAUGGAGUUCAGUCCUGGAGCUGGUUUUAUCCAUACCAUUAUGCACCUUUCCUAUCUGAUAUCCGCAACAUCAGUACACUCAAAAUCCAUUUUGAACUAGGAAAACCGUUUAAACCAUUUGAACAGCUUCUUGCUGUACUUCCAGCAGCUAGCAAAAAUUUACUUCCUACAUGCUACCAGCAUUUGAUGACCAGUGAAGACUCACCAAUUAUCGAAUAUUACCCACCUGAUUUUAAAACUGAUCUAAAUGGGAAACAACAGGAAUGGGAAGCUGUGGUACUAAUACCUUUUAUUGAUGAGAAGCGAUUGUUGGAAGCCAUGGAGACAUGUAACCACUCCCUCAAAAAAGAAGAGAGGAAAAGAAACCAACACAGUGAGUGCCUCAUGUGCUGGUAUGAUGGUGACACAGAGUUUACCUACCCCUCUCCAUGGCCAGAAAAGUUCCCUGCCAUAGAACGAUGCCACACAAGGUAUAGAAUAAUAUCAUUAGAUGCUUGGCGUGUAGACAUAAGCAAAAACAAAAUAACCAGGGUUGACCAGAAGGCAUUAUAUUUCUGUGGAUUUCCUACUUUGAAACACAUCAAACACAAAUUUUUUUUGAAGAAAAGUGGAGUUCAAGUAUUCCAGCAAAGUAGUCGUGGAGAAAACAUGAUGUUGGAAAUCUUAGUGAAUGCAGAAUCAGAUGAACUUAGUGUAGAAAAUAUAGCUUCAUCAGUGCUUGGAAAGUCUGUCUUUGUUAACUGGCCUCAUCUUGAAGAAGCUAGAGUUGUUGGUAUAUCAGAUGGAGAAACUAAGUUUUACUUGGAAGAACCUCCAGGAACACAGAAGCUUUAUUUGGGAAGAACUGUGCCACCGUCUAAAGUGGUCCAUCGGGACAAAGAGCAAUCUAACUGGACAAAAGAAGUGCAAGGAAUUUCAGAAUACUACCUGAGAAGAAAAGGGAUAAUAAUAAACGAAACAUCUGCAGUUGUGUAUGGUCAGUUACUCACUGGUCGUAAAUAUCAAAUAAACCAAAAUGGUGAAGUUCGUCUAGAGAAACAGUGGUCAAAACAAGUUCUUCCAUUUGUUUAUCAAACUAUUGUCAAAGACGUCCGAGCUUUUGACUCCCGUUUCUCCAGUAUCAAAACAUUGGAUGACUUGUUUCCUCCUAGAAGUAUGGUCUUUAUGCUGGGAACUCCAUAUUAUGGAUGCACUGGAGAAGUUCAGGAUUCAGGGGACGUGAUUACUGAAGGCAGGAUUCGUGUGGUUUUCAGCAUUCCAUGUGAACCCAAUCUUGAUGCUUUAAUACAGAACCAGCAUAAAUAUUCUAUAAAGUACAACCCAGGAUAUGUGUUGGCCAGUCGCCUUGGAGUGAGUGGAUACCUUGUUUCAAGGUUUACAGGAAGUAUUUUUAUUGGAAGAGGAUCUAGGAGAAACCCUCAUGGAGACCAUAAAGCAAAUGUGGGUUUGAACCUCAAAUUCAACAAAAAAAAUGAGGAGGUACCUGGAUAUACUAAGAAAGUUGGAAGUGAAUGGAUGUAUUCAUCUGCAGCAGAGCAACUUCUUGCAGAGUACUUAGAGAGAGCUCCAGAACUAUUUAGUUAUAUAGCCAAAAAUAGCCAAGAGGAUGUGUUCUAUGAAGAUGACAUUUGGCCUGGAGAAAAUGAGAAUGGUGCUGAGAAAGUUCAAGAAAUUAUUACUUGGCUAAAGGGACAUCCUGUCAGUACUUUGUCUCGUUCUUCUUGUGAUUUACAAAUCUUGGAUGCAGCUAUUGUUGAGAAAAUUGAAGAAGAAGUUGAAAAGUGCAAGCAAAGAAAGAAUAAUAAGAAGGUUCGAGUGACAGUGAAGCCCCAUUUGCUAUACAGACCUUUAGAACAGCAACAUGGAGUUAUUCCUGAUCGGGAUGCAGAAUUUCGCCUCUUUGACCGUGUUGUCAAUGUGAGAGAGAACUUUUCUGUUCCAAUUGGCCUUCGGGGCACCAUCAUAGGAAUUAAAGGAGCUAAUAGAGAAGCUGAUGUACUAUUUGAAGUAUUGUUUGAUGAAGAAUUUCCUGGAGGCUUAACAAUAAGGUGCUCACCUGGUAGAGGUUAUCGACUGCCAACAAGUGCCUUGGUGAACCUUUCUCAUGGGAGUCGCUCUGAAACUGGAAGUCAGAAGUUGACAGCCAUUGUGAAACCACAGCCAGCUGUGAAUCACUAUAGCUCAAAUUCAUCAGUUUCAUCUGGGCAUUUGGGAGGCCUGAACCAUUCCCCUCAGUCACUUUUUGUUCCCACUCAAGUACCUGCUAAAGAUGAUGAUGAAUUUUGCAAUAUUUGGCAGUCCUUACAGGAAUCGGGAAAGGUUCAACAUUUUCAGCCAGCUCUACAAGAGAAGGGUGCUGUUCUACCCCAAGAAAUAAGUCAAGUAACUCAACAUAAUAAAUCUGGCUUUAAUGACAACAGUGUUAAGCAAAGAAAACAUGAGCCUCACAAAAAAUUUAAAGAAGAGUGUAAGAGUCCUAAAACUGAGAGUCGCUCACAAAAAAUGUCAAAUAGGCAGACGUUUGCAGGGCAUGCCAAAUGUAAUAUUAAGCUAUUGAAGAGAAAUGAAAGUGCAGAAGCCUCAGAAAACCAAAAGGCUGUGAUGGGUUAUCCAAAUGCUAUUGAUAAGCCUAAUCCUGGAAUUGAGAAUUUCUUAGCAUCCUUGAAUAUCGCCAAAGAAAAUGAAGUACAGUUAUCUCAUCAUGAAGAGCCUCCAAAUGAAGAGCAUCUGUCACCACAGUCAUUUGCUAUGAAGGGCACUCGGAUGCUUAAAGAAAUACUAAAAAUUGAUGGCUCUGGCACUCUGGACCAUAAGAGUGAAAUGAAACAGUUUGGUAAUGAAGUCACUGUUUCCUCUAAUAGAAGAGAUGAAUAUGGAUCUUCCUCACAGCCUAAACAAAAUAAGAAAUUAACAUCUUAUACGAACAAGCCUCACAGUGCCAGUGAGUACCAUAAUGUUCAGUCUUUGGACAGUAUGUGCUGGCCUGCUCUCAGCCAGAUUCCUCCUGUGUCCACACCAGUAACUGAACUUUCUCGAAUUUGUUCCCUUGUUGGAAUGCCACAACCAGAUUUCUCCUUUCUAAGAACACCACAGACAAUGACAGUUUGCCAGGUAAAAUUAUCUAAUGGCUUACUGGUACAUGGGCCACAGUGCCAUUCUGAAAAUGAGGCCAAGGAAAAAGCUGCACUUUUUGCUUUACAACAAUUGGGCUCCUUAGGAGUGAAUUUCCCUUUGCCUCCACCAAUAUUUCCAAGUUAUCCUCCUGCUGUACCACCUGGAACAAUUCCUCCAGUUUUUCCCCAACCUACUGGCUGGGAUCACUAUGGAAGCAACUUAGCAUUGGGGGCAGCUAAUAUAAUGCCAUCAUCAACUCAUCUCUUUGGCUCGAUGCCGUGGGGACCACCAGUGCCAGUUCCUGGGAAGCCCUUCCAUCAUACUUCAUAUGCCGGGACCAUGCCCAUGGCUGGAGGAAUGCCAGCUGGUGUGCAUAAUCAGUUCAUACCUUUACAGGUAACUAAAAAAAGAGUUGCAAACAAAAAGAACUUUGAGAACAAGGAGACUCAGAGUUCUCAUGCCACACCACUUCAAACUAGCCAGUCAGCAUCUUCUGAUGUCACCAAAGCAGUUCCACAGGAGAGUUCAUCAGCUUCGUUAAAGUCCUCUCAGAAUAUCCAGCCUGCAUCUUCUCUUCAAGCUGAAGCUGCCUCCCCAGGCCAUAGUAUGUCUCACCAUAAAUCAACACCAAGCUCUUCUUCAAGAAGAAAAUCAAGAAAACUGGCUGUCAAUUUUGGCAUUUCUAAACCUUCUGAAUAAAUUUGGUACUUGGAAUUAAAUCAACUUCUUUCCUUUCCUCCCACCUUUUUAUAAAUCCAUAUCUGUGUCUCAUAAAAAUUACAACGUACUAUUUUAAAACAAUAUGUUUCAAUUAAAAUUUUUAAAAUUUUAAUUGUCAGGCACUUUUCAUGCUGUUUAAAAACUAUCCAUCAAAUUGUACAUCUUAAGUAUGUGCAGUUUGUUUUACAUCAAUUAUACCUCAAUAAAGCUGUAAAAAAAAAGAAUAAAUUAAACCUUAUGUUAAAAUAAUAUCAGUGGACUAAGCAUUCAAAUGUACCACUCCAACCAUUGGCCUCAUCAUUAGAAGCAUCCUAAACUAUGAAUUAGAUGUCAUAUUGCAAUAAUAAUAAACAUUUUUUACAUUAUCAUUGAGGGAUAAUUAAGUGGAGCAUGAAAAUUGGGCCUCAAGUAUAAUUUACUGAAUGUGGAUUUUAUUUCUUUUUUUAAUGAUGUAACAAGAUUGUCAGGAGAAUGGCUCUUAUUUAUAGGUAUUUUAACUUAUGUUCUGUUAUCUCUGAGGGUCCUUUAGACCUGUUGUGAAAUGAUCACACUUGUGGUGGUGCUGCCAGUUUUGCUUUAUUCUCAAUUUUGUACCAAAGCUACUUCAGAAUAUGGAUCAGACUAUUUCAUUUAACUGCUUGAAACUAUAAAUAGCAAUCUAGAUUUGAGUAAAUAAUUACAAUUUUUUAGACCAUGGAAGAACCAGCAUUAGUAAUUUCUAGUAAAAUUAAGUUUCAAAAUCUACAGGGUAAAAUGAUUACAAAUUAAUCUUCUCGUUGAGUAAAGUACAAAAUAUUAAUCAUAAUUAAUUAAAAUAAAAUCGUGUUAUUCUUUUGAAAAGCUUUUUACCUGCAUACUUAAACAUACAUGAGAGCUCUCUUCUUGGUCCAUGUAUAGUAUUUCCUGGGACUGAAGAAAUUCUAAAAUUUUUUAAUUUCCAAGUUGUGCACAGGCACAAUCAGUGUAUAAUGUACAUUAUUUAUAUGACAAAUGCUCACUCAUCUCAUUCUCUUUCCAUAUUUUUAGCUUUAUGCUGAACUGUUCAGUGCCUCUGGCAUUUUGUCUUUGCAUGUCUUGUGUGGGUGUGUGUUGUUCAAGCUGUGGCUGUUGAAAUUAUUUUAGAAUUUAUGAAAAUUUCUCAGUGGUACCAGGGCCUGAGUUAUAUAUAUAUAUAUAUAUAUAUAUAUAUAUAUAUAUACACACACACACACAUAUAUUAUGUAUGUAUAUGUAUAUAUAUAUGUAUGUAUAUGUAUAUGUAUUUACGCUUAAUUUUUGUGAUAUGCUUAUAUUUUUAAGGAAGUAAGUUAUCAUACUUUUUUAAAGUAGGAACCACAGUUUUUGUAUGGAGCUGCAUAUUAUUAUAUCCAGUUUGAUUUUGCUCAUUGAAAACUCUGCCUUGAGUCUUAAAGUAGUCUAUUUGUUUUUAAAAACGCUGGUAUUGAAUUAAAUGGAUUCCUUUCUCUAAUGCUGAUUUCAGAGUUUCUCUAAUGUUAAUAGAAUAUUUGUAUAUUAGUAGUGCCUUUAGUAUAUAAGAGGGAAAUGUUCAUUAUUGGUCAUUUAUUAUAGUCAUAUGAGUUUCUGUGAUUUUAUUUUCCAUUAAUUUCCUAGAUUCAGAUGUACAUUGUUUCCCAACAUUUCAUUAUUGGGAAUGUUUGUUUUUCUGCAGGGGGAAUUUGAGUCAUGAGGCUCAAGUAAUUCUCAGUGUUUGUCCUUAUUGCCUCAUAAACUAUUUUUUUAUUGGAAAUAUCUCUUAUGGGAAUACAGUACAAGAAAGUUGAAUUGUGACAGUAAGGUUAUGUUAACCUCUUACUACUUUGAAGUGUAUAAUAUUUUUCAUCUUAUGUAACUGUAAAAAUGCCAGCAUUCAAGAACUGCCUCAUUCAUCAGUGCUGUGUGACCACUCUAUAAACAGUGUACAGCCCACAUCUUUUUUAGAACACAGAAGGAGGAGCACAUGUAUCUUCUGAAAACUUCAAGAGAAAUUUUGGUAAGCAUAGUGCCAGUGACCCAUAUAAAGAUGUGUCUUCAGUAUUCAGGCAAAGCAAGCUGAUAAUUCUAGGUGGAUAGGCAGUAAAAAUGUUUUCUUUGUUUCUUCUGUUUUUCAAAAACAUAUUGUUCUAGAAGUCAGGAUUAUUAAAGAUAGAUUAAAAUGGGAUAGAGCUCCAAAAUGACUAGAUAGUGCAAAGGCAUUUGUCUUUAUUCCCUUUCCCUUGUAGGCCUUUCCCAGAUGGGGCCUGAGAUCAACAGAUGUGCCCUUUCUAGGGAGGAUGUAAGAGGCAGAGGCUGUUUUUAUUUCAUGAUAAUCUUGAGAGGACUAGAUCCACUGAAAGAUUGGAAAACUUACAAGUUUUCCUUUUUGGAUGGGGCAGACUUAGACUACGCCCAGGUUUAGAAAUAUGUCCAUUCAACUAUUGAACCUGCUCUGGACUUUCUGUGAAAACUAUGGACUAUAUAGGGCACAGAAGACCAGAAUCCCCAAAAUGCUUCAUGUUUCCACAUAACUAGAGAGAGCAGUUAAAUCUAUUUAAACCUUCUUUUCUCACUGAAACAUUUCUAAAUAUUCUUAUUCAAUAAGGGUUUUUUUUUUUUUGAGCAAAUUAAGUGAAUUUUGAAUAUUCAUCCUUUCAGUCUUAUUGUUUCUUUUCAGUAUUUCUUAAUCAUUUUCUGAGUUUUAUAAUUGGACAGGUAGAAUGUACUAAUUGAUAAAAACAUUAUGUAGUAGGAGUUACUGCUGUGGCUCAGCAGGUUAAGAACCUGGCAUAGUCUUCAUGAGGAUGCGGGUUCAGUCUCUGGCCUCACUCAUUGGGUUAAGGAUCAGGCAUUGCCUCAAGCUUCAGGAUAGGCUGCAGAUGUGGCUUGGAUCUUGCCUUGCUGUGGCUGUGGCAUGUAAGCCAGCAGCUGGAGCUCUGAUUCAAGCCCUAGCAUGGAAUUUCCAUAUGCCUCAUGUGUGGUCCUAAAAGGAAAAAAAAAAAAAAAUCAUGUAGUCUCAGGUCUUAAACAUCUGAGACUCAGUUGCCUAAAAAAUUAAUUUCAUCUCUAUGUAUACCUUGGUUUCCAUUUUAAGACUUUCCUUGCUUUUCAGAGGAAUAAGUAUUUCUUUCAGAACGAAAAAAAAAGCUUUUUUUUCCUAUUAGUGGGAGAGAGAAAGAACUCUUGAUGCAGGUUUUUUGUUGUUUAUUUCCUUUUCUAUGAUGAGGAACUUGCUUUGGUUUUAGACUGUUUUGUUUGUUUAGCAGCCCCUGCAAUAUAUGGAAGUUCCCAGGGUCGUGGAUUAAACCCACGCCACAGCAAUGAUCUGGGCAGCUGCAUUGAAAAUGCUGGAUCCUUAACCCACUGUGCCAUCAUGGAACUCCUAGACUGGUGUUUUUCAAACUAGUCUAGAUUCUUGGGGAGGGGGCAGAGAGGAAGGUGGUUGCUAGAAGGAAACCAGUUAAAUUAAGACCUAUCCAGUCACUGCAUUUUCAGACUAUACUCUAUCUUUCUAGCCCAAGGAAAUAGGUAAGCUGCAGGGCCUAUUUUAAUCAUUCACUUUUAAGUUGUCUUUUUGUAGUAAUAAAUCAUACAUUUCCAUAGUGAUUGUCUAAUUUUUCCCUCUAAGAUAGCUAGAACUGUCUAGCUCGCCACUGAUGUUAGUUCUAAUAUGCUUUAUCUCAUUCUCCAGAGCCUCUUUUUUAAAGCAGCUGUGUACAAUUUCCUAGCUUUUUGAGCUUGCUAUAUUUAAUACCAUCUUACUUCCAAACUGUGUUUUUACUGUGGAGGAGAAUUAAUUUAUUGGAGGGAAAUGACUGUGAUGGGUAUUCUCUACCUUUUAAAAAAAUGAGUCACAGAACUUAUUUUUUUAGAGAUAGUGAUGGAACUCAAACUGACAGUGUCAUUUAUGUACAUUUCAAAAGCUUUGUCAGUGAAACAGUCUUUUUUUGCAGAAGCUUCCUUUCCUAGUCAGGGUAAUGCUUAAAAUUCCAGAGGUGAUUAUGUUUCAGACCAAGCUGGUUCGCAUUUCCAUCAGAUCUCUCCAUCUUCCACCAGAGAAGCAGGCAGCAACAACAAUGGGGCAGAGCCAACAGACACGAGCAGGAGUUUCACUGACUCCAACACCACUGAUCCUUCUUUUAGAGAAGAAAAAAAUAAAUAAAUAAAACAGGUAAAAAUAGCUUUUGUAGUUAAGACUAUCAGUAAUCCAUUGCUGCUUUUGUGUUUGUGUGCAUGUGUAUGUCAGUGAACCAACAAUAAUGCCUUGCCCAAGCCGUGCGUUCAGCCAUCUCAAGUGCAAUUCUGAUGGAGACUUUGGUUUCCAAUAGAUAAAGUUUUACAUAAUUAAACCUGUAAAAAUUAAUUUUUUCCAAUAGUAAACCUAUUGCUAUCAAUUAUUUCAGCAAUUGGUAUACUAUUAAAAUGACCAGGCCACAUGAGUUUCUGUAGAUGUUUUAGUAAUUUGAGCCAAAUCCUCAUACUGUUUUCUCAUAAAAUAAUAGGAGUGAGAAUUUGGUCCACAGUUUGCUCUAAGUUCAAAAAAGAACUUUCCCUUACAGUUAAAAGGCUUUUUCGUUUGUUUUGGGGCUUGGGGGCUUUUUAUUUUUUUUCCUCAAAUCUCUUACAUAUUUUCUUUUGCCUGCACCCGGUUACUUCUUUGAGCGUUUCCAUCUAUUUUGAUAUAUGGGUAAUAGAUAGUGCACAGUAUCAUCAAAGCGUUAGAAAUUUUGUUCACUUAAUAUAAUUAAGUAUAAUUCAUACAUAUAUAUCUUAAUUCCUUUCUUUCCUCACACAACUAUUUUAUAAGUAACUGGAAUUUUGCAUUAGAUCUUAUACAGAGCAGUAUUUUAUUAAAAUUCAAAAGGGAAGACUUUUAUGUGUUCAUUUUAUAGUUUUUGUUUUUUAAAUAUCUUUACAUUGUCUGCAAUUAAAGUGUUUUAAACUUGCAUUGGAAUGGACUCUGAAUGUAUUUUUGUGUUAAGCUGUAUAUUUUUUAGAUUUUUAGCAUGAAGUUAGCCGCAAAACAUUGUACAAAAGAAUUUUAAAAUUUAAGAGUCACUAAAAGGGUUUAAACAUCUAUACAUGUUAAAUGCUAUAUGGAUUUUAAUUAAACAUUUGAGAAUGAUUUCA